AUGGAGGUGAAACGCAACCCCAAAGACUCGAUGAAAUCUACUUGGCGGCGCUCUCCUCGCUCUGAGUGGACCAUCUACCAUCGUCUCAUAGAAAGACUUGACAUUCAUCACGCCUAUCUCGACAAACCCGUGCCAGUACAUUCAAAAGAUGACCCGGUGCCAUACUUGCCGGAAUGGCAGGUGCACAGAUGGAUCUUGAUCCAUGCCGCUGUCCCCUUGGCUAUUCACCAAGCUGUUGUUCAUUUCACAGGACGCAAUCUCAGCGUAAUCGGUGCAUUUGCUCUAUACCACGUCUUCUUCUCACUCAAUGGCAUCCGCGAGAUGCGACUUCUCCGCCAUCUAGGCCACACCUACGGCUUCCUUGACGGAGACAAGCAUGAACGAGAUGGCGUGCCGGACGUUGGAGUCAAAAAGGUCUUCAUGUCAAUAUUCUCGGCAUCCAACAUUCGCCCCAUGCUAGUCGUUAUGCUCGCCUACAGAAAGAGCCAGCUCCCUUCCUCCAUGAGCUGGGCAUGGCUCCCCGUCGAAAUUGCACUAUACGGCCUGGCGGUCGACUUCUGGUUCUACUGGUACCACAGACUGAUGCAUGACGUGGGCAGCCUGUGGCAGUUCCAUCGCACCCAUCACCUGACCAAACACCCCAACCCCUUGCUGAGUCUGUAUGCGGAUGGCGUCCAGGAAAUGUUUGACACGAUUGUCAUUCCGUUGCUUGCGUUCUACACCAUGAGGAAAGGAUUUGGGUUGCCCAUGGGCUUUUACGAACUGUGGAUUUGUCACCAAUACCUGCUCUUUACAGAGGUCAUGGGGCACAGCGGGCUGAGAAUUUAUGCGACUGCGCCGACACCACUGAGCUGGUUGUACCGAUGGCUUGGGGUAGAAGGUAUCAUUGAAGAUCAUGACUUGCAUCACCGCAAUGGUUGGAAGAGCAGUUUCAAUUACGGCAAGCACUCGCGUAUUUGGGACACGAUUUUCGGCACGACGACGGAUCGGGUGGAGUGCCAGGCGGGAAAUAUCGACCAUGUCAACACAGCGUCAAUUCCGAUGUGGUGA